AUGGCAGAUACUAAGCAACAGUUUGAGAAGUUAUCAUUAGAGUUUUCGAAUUUACAAACUUCUUUAAAUGAAUUAAUCGAAGCAAGAUCAAAAUUAGAAACUCAAUUUCAAGAAAAUAAAAUCGUAUUAACUGAAUUCGAUACUUUGAAUGAAGAUUCUAAAAUUUUCAAAUUAACCGGUCCAGUGUUAUUACCUCAAAACUAUGGUGAAGCCAAACUUAAUGUUAAGAAAAGAAUCGAGUUCAUCGAAGAUGAAAUUAAAAGAGUUGAAUCAAAAAUCGAACAAAGUCAAAAAAAUAUCGAAUCAACCAGAGAUAAAUUAUUAGCUAUAAGAUCUCAAAUUUCUACUCCUGCUUAA